GCUCCGCAGUCCGGCGCAGCCCCGGACGGGAGAAGAUGGCGGAUCGAGCAGAGAUGUUCUCCCUUUCCACUUUCCACUCGCUCUCCCCACCGGGCUGCAGGCCCCCCCAGGACAUCAGCCUGGAGGAGUUUGAUGAUGAGGACCUGUCAGAGAUCACGGAUGACUGUGGCAUCGGGCUGAACUACGACUCCGACCACUACGAGAAGGACUGUCUGGUGCUGGAGCGCGGCGAGCAGCCGCACCCCGUCUGCACCUUCCAGGAUGACUUCCAAGAGUUUGAGAUGAUCGAUGACAACGAGGAGGAAGAAGAGGAAGAGGAGGAGGAGGAGGAGGGCAACGAGCUGGAAGCUCCACCAUCCCCUUCGGCCUCACCCAUCCCCUCGCCCGGCCUGGAGGAGACACAGAAACACCGACCCACCACCCUCAAUCUGACGGCGCCCGGCACCCAGGACACCCUGAACAACAACGGCAGCUUCGCACCACCUGCUCACCGCACCACCUGGCAGGACGCCCUUCUCCACUCCUCCUCCUCCUCCUCUUCCUCACAUACUGGACACUCGUCUCCGCACGCCUGCAUCCAAGAUGGACCCUGCCUGGAGAGCCCGAAGGGGCCGAGCCCUGGGGGGGCCGGGCAGCCCCCCGCCUCGCUGCAGCCCUCCCCCUUUGACUCGCAAGGCAACAGCCACGAGUCCCUGGCACAUGGUAACCCAUCGUCCCCGAGAGCCGGGGAAGAUUAUAACAUGAAUAUCAUCUCCUCUGCGCUCCGAGCACCGCACUCCCCAUCGCCCCUCCGUCAGACGCCCCCUAAACCGUCUCUUUCUCCAACAGGGCCUGCGGCUCCUCCCGGCUCCACCGCCGGCUCGCCGCCCCGGGCCCCCACCGAUGGCCACCGCGCUCCGCCAAAGCAGGAUGCGGCCGGUGGCCAGGACAGGCGAGCACCCAGCGAAGCCGGUGGCCCAGGGUUCCCCGUCACCCCUCACCAGCAGCCGGGCUCCCCGCGGCCCCGGGAGGAGCCGUUGGCCGGGGUUGUUGCCGAACGGCACGAUGGGCAAGUUGCCCGGCUACCGGGCGCCUACGUGCGCCCCGUGGGGCCGGCAGAGCUGCUCAGCUCCGACGGGGAAGGUCCCCAGCCCGGGCGGGCGGCCAGCAUGCGUGGGCAUCCCUCGGGCUCCUCGGAGACCACCUCGCCCUCCUCGGACCCCGGCAUCGAGGCUGACCUCACCAGCAGGACCACCAAACCCUUCCUGCCCGGCAGCCGGCACGGUGAAGAUCUCAGCUCGCCAGGCUCCGACUCGGAUGUGGAGGGGGAGAUCGAAGCGGCUUUUGCCAGCGGGCGCCUGGUCAGCAACAUGAUCUCCUCCAUCUCGGAGACAGAGCUGGACCUGAGCAGCGACAGCAGCAGCGGCAGGUCCUCCCACCUCACCAACUCCAUCGAGGAGGCCAGCUCACCCACCUCGGAAGCCGAGCUGGAGACGGAGCUGGAGGCACCCGGCCUGAUGGGCAUCAAGGACUCCUUGCUGCUGGACAAAGGCAAAGAAGAGGAGGAGGAGACCCUGGAGAGGGAGCUCCCGGAGCACGGCAUGGUGAGGCGGGAGAGCCUGGUGGAGCUGAAGAUGGAAGGCUAUUACGACAGCUUGAACCCGAUGGACCCCUCCGCACCCGCAGGCCAGACGGAUGUCUCCGUCUCCAGCCCUCUGGACCUGAAGAUCGACCCAGACCACAGCCUGGAGAGCAUCCGGCGCUCCUUCUAUCUGCCCGUUGGGCCCAAGCUGAUGCCCGAGGCGGAUGAGGAGGACAACAGUGAGUACGACUCCGACUCGGAGUCGGAGCCUGACCUGAGCGAGGACUCGGACUCACCCUGGCUGCUCAGCAACCUUGUCAACAAGAUGAUCUCAGAGGGUUCCUACCCCAUCAAGUGCCCGGAUGAGUGUUUCCAGCAGACCCACUCGCUCUGCGACACCAUCUCCCCGGCUUCCGACCUGGAGCCUGAGAUCCUAAGCGAGGCGCUGGAUGGGGAGCCCGGCUCGCGGGACUCCCCGGUGGAUCCAGGGGAGCCACCUGCCCUGCCCCACUGCCAGCGCGCCAUCGAGCUGGUGGACAUGGAGACGCUGCGCAGCUCCCUCCAACGCGCUGAGGACGAGCGGGCCCUGGGUGCCGUCACCGAGCCGGUGCCGGAGCUGCCUGUCGAUGAGCCGGGUCCUUUCCUCUUCAUGAGCAACCCCACCAAUGACACCAUCGCGCCCGUCUUCGCGGGGUGCCCUGUCACCCUUGACAGGCUGGGGGCCUCCGAGGUCUUGGCCACCUUCGGCUGCCGCUCUGGGCCACCACGCUCUCCUCCACGCAAUUCUCCUGGGACUGAGACCACCACCACCACCGCUGGGGAGCCCCAGAGCACUGAGGCACCGCCGGAUGACUGGGCUGUUGACCGGGACCUGGACUCGGGUGUCCUGGAGGCCGAUGACAUGAUCGAUGACGUCCGGUUAGCGCCCCAGGGACAGGACCCUGAUGCCUGCCUGCCCACCCUUGAUGUGUCCACCGCCAAGACCAACCGUGGCUUCACCAUGGCUUAUUCCACGGAUGAGGAUGAGACGCCCUACUUGAAGGGCUCCCCCUUUGCCGAGGAUGCGCUACGGGGAGGCUUCGGUGGGGAGCUGCCGCCGGCUCCCGGGACGCUGGAGCCGCGGGCGCUGGAUGAGUCCUUGGCCUACGACUCGGUGAAGUACACACUGGUGGUAGACGAGCACACGCAGCUGGAGCUGGUGAGCCUGCGGCGCUGCACCUCGGUGCUGAGCGAUGACAGCGACCUGCUCCGCGCCUGCGACCGCUGUGACCUGGAGGAUGAGGCGACCUUUGGGGAUGGGUUGGUGGCCCCCGACGCCCAUAGCUCCUCCGAGGACUCGUCCCCCGAGGCAGACCUGCAGUUCUCCAAGAAGUUCCUCAAUGUCUUUGUCAACAGCACCUCCCGCUCCUCCAGCACAGAAUCCUUCGGGCUGUUCUCCUGCAUGGUGAACGGGGAGGAGAGGGAGCAAACCCACCGGGCUGUCUUCAGGUUCAUUCCUCGCCAUGAGGAUGAGCUGGAGUUGGAUGUGGAUGACCCCAUCCUGGUGGAGCUGGAGGAGGAUGACUACUGGUACCGGGGCUACAACAUGCGGACGGGCGAGAGGGGCAUCUUCCCCGCCUUCUACGCCCAUGAGGUCGUUGGCCAAGCCAAGGACACCAUUGGCCUGAAGAGGAACCCGUGUUGGGUGGAGAGAUUCAACGUGCAGUUCCUGGGCUCGGUGGAGGUGCCGUACCACCAGGGCAACGGCAUCCUCUGCGCCGCCAUGCAGAAGAUUGCCACCACCAGGAAGCUGACGGUUCACCUGCGCCCACCGGCGAGCUGCGACCUGGAGAUCACGCUGCAGGGCAUCAAGCUCAUCCUGACCGUCACCGAGUACAGCCGGGAUGAGGAGUUCGAGCGCUGCAGCCACUUCUUCCAGAUGAAGAACAUCUCCUUUUGUGGGUGUCACCCCAGAAACAGCUGCUACUUUGGGUUCAUCACCAAGCACCCAGUGCUGAGCCGCUUCGCCUGCCACGUCUUCGUCUCCCAGGAAUCCAUGCGGCACGUCGCCGAGUGCGUCGGCCGAGCUUUUCAGGAAUAUUACCAGGAGCACCUGGAGUACGCCUGCCCCACAGAGGACAUUUACCUGGAGUAAGGGGUGGGGGGGGGCAGGCAUGGUGUCUCCUGCUUUCGCACCCCAAUCCAGCCCCACUGAUGGCCAGAGACUCUGUCUGACCCCACAACCAGCCGGCUUGGCCCCCCCCCGCACACGCUCCAGCCCACGGACUCCCCACACAUCCUCACCGCUUUUUUUGGGGGGGGGGGG